GAAGAGGAUCGCGCCAGCCACUGCAAUCGACAGGGCGACCCAUAAACAAUCCAAAGUCUCCAAGAAAAGUAGACGCGCACGACUUGGAUAAUCGCUAUCCGGACCAGCCGUGCCGUGCCGUCGUAGUCAGGAAGAUGCCACGCCGGGGACUGUAGCUGUAGCCUGUUGGGGUGGUGAGUGGUGACAACCCCUAUCUAGCAGGACAGGAGGCAGUAGUGCUACUGCCACCCAAACCGUUAGCUUCAGGAGCCCGGAGGCCGGAGCCAGUGGGCAACAGAGUGAGAGUUGCUUUGCUUGCGCCGAGGCAGGGGACAGGAGAUGGUUGCUGCUCGGUGGGCGGGGGCGCUGCUGCUCGCGCUGCUGGUGGUGGCGUGCGGCGGCGCGCGUGCAGGUGCAGCGGCAGCGGCGGCGGCCGGGGGAGGAGGAGCCGGAGCGAGCUGGCUGGGCGGGCUCAGCCGGCCGGCGUUCCCCAGGGGCUUCGUGUUCGGGACCGCGACGUCGGCGUACCAGGUCGAGGGCGCCGCGUCCACCAACGGCCGCGGCCCCUCCACCUGGGACCCGUUCGUGCACACCCCAGGAAAUAUUGUAGGGAAUCAGACUGCAGACGUCGCAGUGGAUCAGUAUCAUCGCUACAGGGAAGAUGUUGACCUCAUGAAAAGUUUGAAUUUUGAUGCCUACCGGUUUUCAAUCUCAUGGUCCAGGAUCUUCCCAGAUGGCGAGGGAAGAGUCAAUCCAGAAGGUGUUGCUUAUUACAAAAAUUUGAUAAGCUACCUGCUUCAGAAAGGCAUUACUCCAUACGCCAAUCUUUACCACUCCGAUCUUCCUCUUGCGCUUCAGAACAAAUAUGGAGGAUGGUUAAACCCCAAGAUGGCGAAACUGUUCACAGACUAUGCUGACUUCUGUUUUAAGUCUUUUGGAGAUCAUGUAAAGCAUUGGUUUACAUUCAAUGAGCCAAGGAUAGUAGCACUACUUGGUUAUGAUGGUGGGUCGAUUCCUCCUCAAAGGUGUACCAAAUGUGCUGCUGGUGGGAAUUCAGCAACGGAACCUUAUAUCGUUGCUCAUAAUUUUCUCUUGUCACAUGCUGCUGCGGUGGCAAGAUACCGUAAUAAGUAUCAGGCUGCUCAGAAAGGAAAGGUUGGAAUAGUUCUGGACUUCAAUUGGUACGAACCUCUCACAAACUCAACUGAAGACCAAGCAGCGGCUCAGAGAGCAAGGGAUUUCCAUGUUGGUUGGUUUGUUGAUCCAUUAAUAAAUGGACAUUAUCCACAGAUGAUGCAAGAUAUUGUGAAAGAGCGGCUGCCCAAGUUUACUCCUGGGCAAGCUAAAUUGGUCAAGGGCUCAGCAGAUUAUAUUGGGAUCAAUCAAUACACAGCUAGCUACAUUAAGGGCCAGAAAUUGCUCCAGCAGAAGCCUACUAGCUACUCAGCUGAUUGGCAGGUUCAAUAUGCUUUAGAACGGAAUGGCAAACCAAUUGGACCACAGGCGAAUUCAAACUGGCUUUACAUUGUCCCAUCGGGGAUGUAUGGUUGUGUGAACUAUCUGAAGCAGAAGUAUGGAAAUCCAACAGUUUUCAUAACUGAGAACGGAAUGGAUCAACCUGGAAACUUGACCCGUGAGCAGUACUUGCACGACACCACAAGGGUGCAAUUCUACAAAGGCUACCUCGCUGAGCUGAAGAAAGCCAUCGAUGACGGCGCUAACGUGGCUGGCUACUUCGCUUGGUCUCUCCUUGACAACUUCGAGUGGCAGUCAGGUUACACGUCCAAGUUCGGAAUUGUCUACGUCGACUUCAGCACGCCCAAGCUCGAACGACACCCCAAGGAUUCAGCCUACUGGUUCAGAGACAUGCUUCAGAAACACUGAGUGUCUAACAACCAAGCCUGAACCCUGGAGUAGUUACCAUUGAAUUUCUUCAGCGUUGCCUAAGUUAGUGUUUGGCUGGCCAUAUUAUUCUAGCAAAAGCUGUAAGCUAGCUCAGUACAAGGGUAUCAAAAUUGGAGUAAAAGAUGAUAAACGGAAAAUCAAUUUGCGAGUUCCAUGUGUUUGAUC